AUGGCUCCCCCGACUCCGAAAUCGAAGAAGCCCCAGCCCCGCAAGGUCGCUUCACGUGAAGCCGCGCCCGCGGUUACGCCUCCAGCCAAGAAGGAAGAGAAGCCGCCGCAGCCUCCCAACGCCUCGACGCGCGAAUUCGUCAAGCUGACCUUGGGCCUUGGCCUGAGCGGACUCCGUGCAAAAUGGGUCGAGCUGAAGCCGUACGCGGGCCCCAACAAAGCCAUCACCGCCUUCACCGCGAACCCGGACAAGAAUCGGUACCAGGACACGGUUUGCCUGGAGGAGACCCGCGUCAAGAUCACCCCGGAAGAGGCCAAUGAGGGCGACUACAUCCACGCCAAUUGGGUCAAGAUGGACAACCGGGAGACGUGGAUCGCCACCCAGGCCCCCACCGACGCCACCAUCGUCGACUUUUGGCGCAUGUGCUGGGAGCACGAGGUGGUGAACAUUGUGCAGCUGUGCCGCCUCGUCGAAAACGGAAAGAACAAGUGCGCUGCCUACUGGCCGGACGAACCGGGCCUCUUCCAGAAUCACGGCCGCUUCUUCGUCAACAACAAGAAAAAAGAGAAGCAGGAGGGCUUUACGGCCAUGACGAUCGAGCUGUUGCCGGACGGGUGCUCGAACAGCCGCAUUAUUCGGCUCAUCCAAAUGCCCGACUGGCCCGACCACGGCCACGGCGACGAGUUGAACAAGGGCCAAACGGUGAUGCACUGCUCGGCAGGCGUCAGCCGCACCGGAACGAUCAUGCUCAUCCACUGGAUCAAAACGGCAUGCAUGGCCAACGAGUCGGUCGACCCGUUCGAGAUGUUCAAGAAGGUGCGCGACCAGCGUGCCUGCUCGGUGCAGACGGAGCAGCAGUUCCUGUUCAUCUUUGCGACGUGCCUGGAAUGGGUCGAUAGCUACCCCAGCUGCCGGAAGAACUUUGUGACGACGUUGAGCGCGCUGACGGCCGCCGUCACAUCCGGCAACGCGACUGCUAAUCCCUCCUUCCUUCAGCAC